CAAGGGAGGAGGAAAGUGCAGGAGAUUCUUCGUUUCGUCGGCGGGUCGCCGUCAGUUGCGUGUCGCACGUGCUCGCGAGAGGUGUGGAAGUUGAGCGGACGAUUUCCUCAGUUUUCCAAACAGUUUUCGGAGUGAUAAUGCCACAAAUUUAAACAAAAAUGUUUUAAAUUUAUUAAAAAUAAUUAAUAAACAAAGAAAAAGUGAGCAAUGCCAUGGAUUACCUGUGGAUAUUUGCUUUGAUGUUCUCUUGGUACCAGUGCACCGCUGAUAAUUUAGCAUUGCUCUCGGGUACCCUGCGUACUUACCAACAAGCAGGUUGUGAUGAUGAUGUGGUGAGUCUCAAGUGUCCACCGGGUACCACUAUCUCCGUGACUGUCGCGCAGUAUGGAAUCUAUGCGGCUAGCAAGCAUCUGUGUCCUGCCAAAGCGGUCCCCUUUGCGAAUUCGCAAAUUCCCGAUGAUAGUCAGUCUUGUUUGUGGCCUAAAGCUUUACAGUACUCCCUGUUGCAGACCGUGGUCGAGGCAUGCCAGAAGAAGAGCACGUGUCAGUUUCAUGCGUCUCCUGCUACCUUUGAUGGUGAUCCAUGUCCGGGUGAACGGAAGUACGUGGAGGUAGCCUAUAAAUGUCGCCCCUAUGAGUUUCGUAGUCGUGUGGCAUGUGAGAAUGAACGCAUUCAAUUGCAAUGUGCUCCAAAUUCCAGAGUGGCGAUUUAUAGCGCUAGUUAUGGUCGCACGGAGUAUGAGAGCUCACAAUGUCCACAACCACAAGGUGUUGCCGAAGAAACAUGUUUAGUGAGCUAUGCAACGGAAACAGUGAUGCAGAUCUGUCACGGAAAGAGAAGGUGUGACAUAUCCGCGGAUGCCAGCACAUUUGGUAAUCCCUGCAGGCCACAAACCAGGAUGUACCUUCGUAUAGUAUACACCUGCGUCCCCAGAAAAGUAUUGAAUAAACAGUACGAUGGACAAUUGGAAAGUGAUGAAACCGAUACAGAUUUGGAUGUGACCCAUGACCAGGACGAUUUCGCCAGUUGGGAUUCACGUGAAGCAAUGCAAUCUACAACUGCUCCUGGUGUGCAUAAAACUGCCAUGAAUGCAACUAAAACCCGCCUGGUUUUUGACCAGAAAAACAGAACCAGUUCCAUAAUGCCAAAAACCAUGAGGAAGAAUGUUACCCAAAGCCAAAUGGACGCAGUUUCGCUUGCAGUUGACCCGAGUGAAAACACAAUUUUGGUCACUCCUGGUGAACGCGAUCAAGUGAUCGGAUUCAUUUCAGCCUGGAUCAAUACGUACACAUACGUCUCAAAAAAUCAUGAAAGAUUCUACGUCUACUUGCUGGCGUGCCUUGGAGCAGUUAUCCUGCUCUGUGUGGCGAUCUUCUCCAGCCGUUUGUUGAUCCGGCGGCGGCGAGAAAAACACACUGAAGGGCAUUCCGUCGAUGUCGGGGACGGCAGCGUGGCGCAUGGUUUCGUGGACGAUAUCAGCGAAGUAGAUGCUGAUAUCGACCUCAGUCCACCCAGCGACGUGGUACUUCACACGCACUACGGUGGGCGACUGGGCAGUUUCGCGGCGGAGAUGCCGCGUAGUGUGAGCCACGCCGCCGCCAGCGUGUAUUACUACGGAUGACGGGGCGGCCCGGGCGUUCCGACGUCGCCGGCGUGCCCGGGCCAACGCACUUACUGCUUCUGAGAGUGCGCACAGUGCAAGAUUUUGUACAUACAAUUGGCAGGAA